ACUGUGAGCAGAACCCCUACCACAACGGUCCCCACAGCACCAUCUACUCCAACCGCGCCUGCCACGCCGCUAGUCACUGUCGGCGACUGGGUCGAGAUCGGUUGUUACACUGAGGCUACCGCUUCCCGGGCACUCACCCUGGGAACCAAAGUCAACUACUCAACCAUGGACUUAGAAACAUGUUCCGCUUUCUGCUACACCUUAGGAGCUCUCUACUUCGGCGUUGAGUAUGGCGGAGAGUGUUAUUGCGGUAAUGAAUUAGAGGCAGGCAGUAUUCCGGCUACGGAUGGCUGCGUGAUGCCCUGCGCUGGCAAUCCAGCGGAGACUUGUGGUGGUUCAGACCGCCUCAAUUUGUUC